GGUGGAACAGAGGUAGAGAGAUUCACACAGCAUAGCCCUCACAGGGUAUACAGCAUCGCUCUGAAACGCACUCACGACCAAACAAAAAGCGAGGCUAAACGCAUCAAAAAAUUUUAAGACGACAGCAGGAACACAGUACUUCAGCAGAGAUGGGGCCUGGAUUGUUCUGGAACUUCCCAUCCAAGGCUAGCUGCACGGUUCCACAGAGCCUGCUGCAGACAAUGUUGCUCUCCAGGAUGGCUGGCAUGAAGGAUCAGCAGUUCACUGAAGAGAAACCGCUACUGCCAGAAUCCAGGGGACAGGAAACAGAGAUGGCUAAAGGACAGUCUGUGCACGUGCUGCCCUCAGCUACGCCUCCCCCCCCCAUGGCUCGCCCCCCAAAACGCUGGCAUGCCAUCGCCCAACACUGGCUCGGCCUGACGCGCCGUCGGACCAGCGGGUACUUCCCGGAAAACUGCGAGACCUUCGUAGCUACUGGAGACUGGAAGGAACAUGACAUUGAAACCCCUUAUGGGAUGCUGCACGUGGUUAUCCGUGGCGCUCCCAAGGGCAACAAGCCAGCUAUUCUGACCUACCAUGAUGUUGGGCUGAACCACAAGCUGUGCUUCAACAGCUUUUUCCAGAAUGAAGACAUGCUGGAGAUCACUAAGCACUUUGUGGUGUGCCAUGUAGAUGCCCCAGGCCAGCACAUCGGAGCGCCCCAGAUGCCACAAGGAUAUCAGUAUCCCACCAUGGAUCAGCUAGCUGGGAUGCUUCCUAGUGUGGUGCAACACUUUGGCUUCAAGAGCAUUGUGGGAAUUGGAGUUGGGGCUGGAGCCUACAUCCUGGCCAAAUUUGCGCUGAUUUUCCCUGAUCUUGUGGAGGGUCUGGUUCUGCUCAACAUUGAUCCCAAUGGAAAAGGAUGGAUCGACUGGGCUGCCACUAAAUUGUCAGGACUCACCAGUACUUUACCAGACACUGUUCUGGCCCAUCUUUUCAGCCAGGAGGAGCUUAUGAGCAACACAGAAGUUGUGCAGAACUACCGCCAGCAGAUCAACAACAACAUCAACCAGUUCAACCUGCAGCUCUUCUGGAACAUGUACAACAGUCGCAGGGAUUUGGAAAUGAACCGCAGUGGCUCUGUGAUAAAUGCUAAGACUCUGAGAUGCCCAGUCAUGCUGGUGGUUGGGGACAAUGCUCCGGCUGAGGAGGGGGUGGUUGAGUGCAACUCCAAGCUGGAUCCAACCAACACCACAUUCCUGAAGAUGGCUGAUUCAGGUGGAAUGCCUCAGAUCACACAGCCUGGCAAACUCACAGAGGCGUUCAAGUACUUCCUGCAGGGAAUGGGUUACAUUGCUUAUAUGAAGGAUCGGAGAAUGAGUGGGGGGCCAGUGCCCUCGGCCAGUAUGACCCGUCUCGCUCGCUCCCGAACGGCCUCUCUGACCAGCGCCGGCUCUGUGGACGGAUCUCGCAACCGCGCGUGUACACACUCGGACAGCAGCGAGGGCGUCGGGCAGGUCAGCCACACCAUGGAAGUGUCCUGCUGAACCCUGGUGCACUUUCUCACACGCACACAUUUAGGGAGACGUGGCAUGGAAGGGAGGGCGUGAGAAGAAUGAAGCUCUCCAUAUUGCGUUCAUUCUUUCUUUGUCAGCCAUUUUCUAUGUUCUUUAAUCUCUCUGUUUUUCUUUUUUCAAUGUUAGCCAUCAUAUGGGAAUAGUUCACCCAUAAAUGAAAUGAUUUGCGCCAGGGAUGAUAACCUGUAUGGCUUAAUUUCUUCUGUAGAACACAAAAUGAGAUGGUUCAAACUUCAGUUCUCCAUGUAAUGAAAGUGAAUCUUUUUUUCAUGAGUUGGCUUGAGAAGACCUAUAAUAUAGUUCACGGGUCAUAUGAGCUACUUUUAUGAUGCUUGAACAGUGCAUGUUCUGGAACGUGAUGGCACUUCCACUUUCACAAGAUGCAAGAGAGCAUCUUGGACAUACUGCUAAAUAUCUACUUUUCUGUUCCACAUGAAGAAAAACAGCCAUUCAGGUUUUGAAGAACUUUGAGUGGUUUUCAUUUUGAGUUGAACUAUUCCUGUAUAAAAUAAAGACUUGCUGCCCCCCUUCAGAACAGUGUUUGGUUCCCCCUACGUUGUAACACGGUUACCUACAGUAUCGCUCUGUGUGUCAGUAUUUCUGCACCCUUCGCUUGCUGCCUCUGGCCUUCACCUCCUCCUUAGAGAAAACUACAAGUCCCAUCAGCCCCUGCUCUCACUCAUUCCUGUCCUACGACAGUCUUUGAGGAUUGGGUUGCAGGUCGAAGGGACCCAUCCUGAGGAAGAGACCGAAAUAAAAACAAGAGACAGAGAGGGAUCUUAACGAGUGAUUUAUGACUGAACUUUGUAGCCAUAUAGUGCUCUCCCUCUCAAUUACAAGUGAAAGUGAAGGGAUUGUGUUGUUGAAGAGGGUGGAAAUCUCUUAAACAGUAAACAGUAGCUUUCGGCCAAUCAUCUCACCUCAUUCAGCCACCAGGGUCAACUUUCACACUAGGUAGUUAUAGGAACUAUGCGGGAUCUAAUAGGAAGUAAUGUUGUAAUUACCACAAUUUCUAUACCCGAAGUGCGUCAUUGAAGAACAUCAAUAACUGACGUAUAAUUGAAUCUCUGAGUUAAUAGUUCCUAAUGUGCUCAGGUUAGAUCCUACUCUGAUGUAGAAUCAGAUCCAAUUUAGUUCCUGAAAAAUAUGCCUGUAAUUUAAACCAUUCUUCAAGAGUUCACACCUAGCUGAUGAUUGAUUAUAAAGCUUGUUUGGCAUGCUGUCCCGGGAGAGAGCCAUGAGCAAUUUCAAGAUUGUCGAGCAUGGGGCUCCCUCCCGUUUGCACGGUGAGAGGGGAGUUUGAGCUCAGGUAGAUCUCGAGAACUCCCCUGCUGUUUGUAGCUAAUGAAGAAUUAGGGAUUGCUAUGAAGAGAUAACUGCUUACUAGGAGCACACCUGGAUUAGUCAGUUAACUUAAGUCGACGUUCUUGCUGUGAGGCAACAGUGCUAACCACUGGGCCGCCGUGCCGCCCAUCUAGGAAAAGAGGAGGAGUAGACGUGGAAGGGAGGAUUCUUCAAAACGAAGAUGACUGUGGUAUGGAACGUAGGUUAUUUAUGGUGACUUGGGAAUCAUCUGAUUGGUAAAUCAUAAAUUGGAUAAUGCAGGACCAGCUGUGAUCAAUCAUAAGCACUUAAUCCUCGCCAGACUAGUUUAUAAAUAAUCUUCACAAAGUUCCUUCAUUGCAAACAAACACAAAGAAGGCACUUUAGACACUUUGGUGUGAAAAAGUUAGUACUUCUAGUUUCGGCCACUACAAAAAUGGUUCCUCUGGUGGGUACUUCCAUCAGUAGUUACAAAAAAUAGACCUCUGGACCAAAAAACAAGUGAGUUCCUAUUCACCUUAUUCUCCGCGUACGAGCGGGCGCAGCCAUUUGAAUCAUUUUGGCUCGAGACUUCCGGUCUCAUUCACUUCCAUUUAUUUUUAGACAUUAAAACAGCUCGUUUUGCUGCUUGGUGUUGCAAACUGAUAUUUUCUUAUUAUAUUAUUCUACCUUCUCUGUAUAAUCAUGCAAACACUUGUUUGUAGAGUAAAUAGUGUGAUCGUUUUCUGACGUUUAUUAUUCCUAAUCAUUUCUCCCAUAGGCAGCUGAAUCGGAAGUUUUAAAACAAUUGCAAAAACGAGCGAACAUCCGCAUUGAAGAAAAGGUCAAUAGAAAUAGUUAGAGAGGCACUACAAAAACAUUCCUAAAGUGCAAACAAAAGAGAAGGUUCUUCCAACAGGAGGAACUAAGAACAUGUUCAUUGUUUGGUGUGAAAGUUCCUAUUGGAAACAUAUGUAUUACCACACACUGAAGCUAAAUGUAAAUUAUGUAAAUUAGACAUGAGAUACAGGUUUAAGCGCAAUGUAGAAAGGCCUUGAGACACAUUUAUUUAGCUUCAACACAAUGCAAAUCAUGCAAGAAUUGAGUGUGAUUGUCAAAAGUGACCAUCACUGGAAAAAUGCUUUCAGUGUGAACAGCUCCUUUUUCCCCAUUAACGUAAGCUGCAUGACCUGAUCAAGGUUUGUUUACCAUGUUAAUUUUGCCAUUCCUUCGCAUUCAGUUGCACAAUAAAAUCAAGUCUGGCUUCAUUAAAUGCAGCAAAUCAUACCACACGAGUACCCUUUUACCACAUGCACUCCGUGUCAUAUGAAAGUGGCUUUGCCUGGGAUCGGUUCUGUACGGUCUCCUUUUUCUAGACAAUCAGUUUUUGACCUAAACCAAACCGAAACCGUGGACUGAGGCAGAGCCUGUGUGAUAAGAGUUUGCAGUGUAUUAGUGGUACAGAAUCAAAGCUUCGAGCUUCUCUUACAGCACCCAGCCCCGCACGAAGAAUAUACCAAAGCUACUGAUAGAAAUGACACACACGAAUGCAAACACACACACAUUACCCGAUGAGGGCUGGGCUCUGCAAGGUAACCGAGCUUUUGAAUGUAUAUACAUACACAUUAAAUAAUUGUACACACACACACAUUGCACAUACAUUCACACAGAAGAUUUCAUUUCAGAAUUCAUUUAAAUUCAUUCAUUCAGACACAUUUUACAUUUCAAGUUGUCAUAGAUUGGUAAACGUCUAUAGUGGUGAAUGGAAACUACAGUACAUUUAUUUUUUGUGUUUCCCUUUGCGGCCAAAGAUAAAGCCUCAAUACCAUUUCUGUUACUUUCCAAAAGAGUUUUUCCCCUUAAAAAUGUGAGGCUGAUGGUGGUCAGAAGACUAAAGUCAAAUUUGGCAUGUUUUCAUUAGCCGCUUUGUUAGAAACACACAACAGAACGUAUAAUAGCAUAAAUGUCCAUUUUAAAAAUUAAAUAAAAUAAUUUCUGUAUAAUUCUAGCAAUUAUUAUAAAGCAACUUGUCUUCAUUGUCGUCCAUGGCCAUAAAUAUCUGUUCAUGUGUGUGCAAACUACUAAUAAAAAAUAAAAAAAAAGCAAAAAUUACAAGAAUAAACAUAAAAAUUACAAUUAAAUAAGUGAAUAAAACUGACUAAUUAAACUAAACUCCUCACCAAAACUACUAAAUUGAAGCACAGACUGUGUAAGAUAUGAAUGUAGUAUCUGUGACAACACCCAUAGGUUUCUGAAGAGCGCAAAUGAAGCUACAAGUAGGCGUGGCCAACCGUCGCCAUUGUGUUCGACCGGGGGUUACCAAAAAAGGGCAAAGAGGUGGAGCAUGAGCAGAGCUACAGAUGUCUGCUAACAUUUUGCUUAGACAGGCUUUUCUUUGGGAGAAUUAACAUAACUUAAUAUAAACGAUAGGGAUGAGUUAUAAAAAUUCACCCGCUUCACAGAUGUCAUCAAGGGUAAUAUUAGCUAUAUGAACCAAAAUCGUUUUGUGCACCAGGCUGUAAACACCUUUCUUUCUGCUGUAAAGUUGGCCAUUUCAACUGUGGGGUCAAUAGAAGUGUGCUCUAUCAUGGAGCCAGGCCUAGUGGAAUUUCGAUGAAUUGCAGUUUCAGUUACUUCCGAAUUAGCUUCACGAGGAAGAGCGGGAGGUUGCCGUUUGAUUGAAAUGCAUUCCACGGGUGACUGAGCUGAGAUCUGAUUGGCUGACGCAGCUAACGUGAGACUUCCGAGGGCGGAGCAACUGUUGACUGUCCAUUCCACACUCACGCUUUUCUGUCUUAUUGAAUGUCAAUAUUCCUGCAGCUUCCAUGAACAAGGAAGUGCACAAUUACGUACUUUUUCGGGGCGUUUUCUGCGCGCUUGUCUACAAGGGACGGGGCUUUCUGGAGCACGUUUGGCUCCAAGCUCGGAAUGUAGGGCAAAUCCCACCCCCAACAAACCCAAUCCCCAAAACACAAGGUGCCCCGGCCCUCACAGACACUUUCAGUCGCCCCAAAAGGGCUAUCGACCCAGGCAAUGCAUCGCGAUCGACCUCGCUCCGUGCUAAGCUGGGCGCAGUACUGUAGAUACUGUACAAAGAGAAGCAUGAACGCGCGAAUACAGAAUAAACGAUGAAUGUGAAGGAGGAACGAGAGGGAGAGGUGGAACGCUUAAAGGAGGUUGAAACGCAAAAUUCCGACUUGUUUCCUCCUAAAGGCUGAAUGGACAAAAACACACACAUGAUCGUCCCUGGUGUUUAUUUGCAUGAGUGUUGACAAUGCAACCCUCGUGUUUGUGUCGUUUUUCCUCAAGUUUCUGUUUGAAGUAUGCAGUCUUUAGCUCUUAUUAAGAAAUAAAGAGCAUGCCCACCUUUCAAAGGUGCACUUUUUCCCCGAUACCCGAUCUCCGCUUGGGGGCCCUGAAUGUAUUAAGGUUUUUGAAAGUGCUGUACAGUAUUGUCAAUGUGGCCCCAUAUCACCUUCUAACUCGAAUCAGGGCUUGCACCAGUUUGACCUGCCAUACCUGCCUUCCCUCGCACCCCAAAUCCAUGUUCUAAACUGUAGAUAUUCGCUGUUUUUAGGGCACACGUCUAAAAAUAAGUCUGCCUUUUGUCAUGUGGAACUGUUAAACUUUGGAUUUCCCCUGAGUUCCUCUUUUUUAUAAUAUAGUAGUUCUAAUUUAACCAUGUGUUAUCUAUUCUCGUGAGGAUUCAAUGAGUAUUAUUAAUUAAUAUGAUUACAAUUGUUACGAUUAGCCAUUGUUUUAUUGUUUUAUAUUAAGCAAUAAGUUGUUUGUGGUUUUUUUUCUUCUUCUGGAAGGGGGCUGGUUGUUACAAAUGUGUCUAAAGAUACAACGGUAGGAGUCACUCUUAACCUGCUUUGCCAUAAGAAAACUACGAAAACUAAUGUGUUUCUGUAUUAUGUACAUCUAUAUACAAGCUGUCACUGUCUGUGUACUAAACAACUGUACGUGCAACAAAUAAAAAUGGAUAUACAAAACAA